GCAUUGGCUUCUGCAUUUCACCAGCAGCCAGGCUGGGAGACUAAGAAGGGAGCAGUGAAGAAGUGGAUGAGACAGCAGCUCCAGGAGGAAGGUGUACUCACUUGUAUUUUUAGUUCUCCUUCCAACUCUUUCACUUUUUCUCUUCCACACUUUCUUUGGUGAAGGCUCGCCAUGGGCACUGGCAUGGACAGGUUUCUGUGGUCAGUCCUGUUGCUGCUGCCAGUCUUGGGACUCUCUGAGGCUCUGCCAGAACACUGGUUGCCAGGCUAUUAUGACGGCACCAAGGACGGUGCACUGAUGUUCCUCAAUGACUACAACACCACAGCUGAGGAGGUGUUAUUCCAAAGCGUCUCUGCCAGCUGGAACUACAACACCAACCUCACAGACUACAACUCGGCGCUGCAGGUGAAUGCAUCCCUUGACGAACAGGCCUUUUCCUCAGCGUGGGGGUUAAAGGCCAAGGAACUCUUCAAUAAUGCGUUUCUCAACACUCUCGACCCUUCAGACAAGAAACUCAUAGAGAAGAUCAAGAUCCUGGGAGUGGCCAACCUGCCCCCGGAAGAAAGGAAGGAGUACAACAACAUUCUCAGCACCAUGGACAACAUCUAUUCAACAGCCAAGGUGCACCCAGAGCCGAACAUAAGCUGGAGCCUGGAACCUGAUCUUACAGAUAUCAUGGCCAACUCCAGGAGCUACAAGAGGCUGCUGUACGUGUGGGAGGCCUGGCACAAUGCAUCAGGUGUACCUCUAAAGGAGCACUACCCCAAGUUUGUUUCGCUCAGCAACAAAGCCUCUCAAGAGGAUGGGUUUGCUGACACUGGAGCUGACUGGCGCUCUUGGUACGAGUCUGAGACCUUUGAGCAGGAUAUUGAGGGUCUCUACAGGACCAUUCAACCCCUCUACCAGAAUCUGCAUGCGUUUGUGCGCCGCCAGCUGUACAAUCAGUACGGACCCAAGUACAUCAACCUUAAAGGACCCAUCCCUGCCCACCUGCUAGGAAAUAUGUGGGCCCAGACCUGGAACAAUAUUUAUGAUAUGAUGAUCCCAUUUCCUGACAAGCCCAGCUUCGACGUGACUGAUGAAAUGAAGAAAAAAGGCUAUAACGCCACGCACAUGUUUGUUGUGGCCGAGGAGUUCUUCACGUCUCUGAAUUUAGAGAAGAUGCCUGAGGAGUUCUGGGAAGGAUCCAUGCUGGUGAAGCCUGAAGGUCGAGAGGUGGUAUGCCAUGCGUCUGCGUGGGACUUUUACAACCGCAAAGACUUCAGGAUCAAGCAGUGCACCACAGUAACAAUGGAGCAGCUCUUCACUGUACACCAUGAAAUGGGGCAUGUCCAGUAUUACCUGCAGUACAAGGACCAGCCUGUGGGCUACCGUCGCGGAGCCAACCCCGGUUUUCACGAGGCUAUUGGCGAUGUUUUGUCACUCUCUGUCUCCACACCCAAACAUCUGCAAACCAUAGGACUGCUGGAAACUGUGACUUCUGACGAUGAAACUGAUACCAACUUCCUGUUAAAGAUGGCUCUGGAGAAAAUAGCCUUCCUUCCCUUUGGCUACCUCAUUGACCAGUGGAGAUGGAAUGUGUUCAAUGGAAACACGCCUCCUGAGCGCUACAACGCUGACUGGUGGCACCUCAGGACAAAAUAUCAAGGCAUCUGCCCAGCCACCCAGCGCACAGAGGACCACUUUGAUCCUGGUGCAAAAUACCACAUCCCUGGAAACACGCCAUACAUCAGGUAUUUUUUCAGCUUCAUUCUGCAGUUCCAGCUCCACGAGAAAUUGUGCGAGGCUGCCAAUCACAGGGGUCCCUUGCACGAAUGUGACAUCUACCGCUCCGUAGAAGCUGGGGCCAUUUUAAAGAAGAUUCUCCAGGCUGGCUCUUCCAAGCCUUGGCCUGAAGUGCUCCAGGAGGCUAUAGGGACCAACAAGGCGAACGCCAGCUCACUGAUGAAAUACUUUGAGCCCAUUACUAAGUGGCUGGAAAAGCAAAAUGAAAAUGAGACUUUGGGAUGGCCUGACUUUAAUUGGGUCCCACCCAUCCCCGAGGGCUACCCUAAGGAUAUUGACAAAAACACAGAUGAGCUUGAUGCAAAGACAUUUUUAAAAGAGUACAACAGCACAGCUGAGGUGGUGUGGAACGCCUACACAGAGGCCUCCUGGAAGUACAACACCGACAUCAACGAAGAAAAUAAGCAGGACAUGCUUAAGAAGAACCUGGAGAUGUCAGUCCACACCCUGAACUAUGGAAGGCAGGCCCGUCAGUACGACACCACUGACUUCCAGGACGGCUCGGUCAAACGCAUCAUGACAAAACUCAGCGACAUUGAGAGGGCCGCGCUGCCGCAGGCAGAACUGGAAGAGUACAACACUCUCCUAUCCAACAUGGAGACCAAGUACAGCGUGGCUGAGGUGUGCCGAGAUGAUGGCACGUGCCAUCCACUGGAUCCAGAUCUCCAGAAGAUCAUGGCAGAGUCCAGGGAUUAUGACGAACUGUUGUUUGCCUGGAAAGGAUGGAGAGAUUCUGCUGGCAAAGUGCUUCGUCAGGAUUACAAGAGAUAUGUUGAACUGGCCAACACAGCUGCCAAACUCAAUGGCCACUCUGACAAUGGGGCUUACUGGCGCUCCCUGUAUGAAACCCCGACCUUUGAGGAAGACCUGGAGGCUCUGUGGAAGGAGCUGGAGCCGCUCUAUCAGAAUGUGCACGCUUACGUCCGCAGGUCUCUGUACAAAAAGUACGGCUCCAAGCACAUCAACCUGAAUGGACCCAUUCCUGCUCAUUUGCUGGGCAACAUGUGGGCACAGACGUGGUCUGGCAUAAUGGAUUUGGCCAUGCCCUACCCGCAUGCCACGCAGGUCGAUGCCACUCCUGCUAUGGUGUCACAGGGCUGGAACGCCGUCAGAAUGUUUAAGGAAUCAGACAACUUUUUCAUCUCUCUGGGUCUGCUGCCGAUGCCAGAAGAGUUCUGGAACAAAUCCAUGCUGGAGAAGCCGUCUGACGGACGCCAGGUGGUGUGCCACGCCUCUGCAUGGGACUUCUACAACCGAAAAGACUUCAGGAUCAAACAGUGCACUGUUGUGACUAUGGAUGACCUGAUCACGGUGCACCAUGAGAUGGGCCACGUCCAGUACUUCCUGCAGUACAAAGACCAAUCCGUCUCCUUCCGCGAUGGAGCCAACCCCGGCUUCCAUGAGGCCAUCGGCGAUGUGCUAGCCCUGUCUGUGUCCACGCCCAAACAUCUGCAGACCAUUGGCCUCCUGGACAAUGUUGAAAACAACCACGAGAGUGAUAUCAACUUCCUGAUGAGCAUGGCGCUUGACAAGAUCGCCUUCCUACCUUUUGGCUACCUGAUGGAUCAGUGGAGAUGGAAGGUAUUUGACGGGCGCAUCCCGUCGAACGAGUACAAUAAAGAGUGGUGGAACCUCAGAAUGAAAUACCAGGGACUGUGUCCACCUGUAACCCGCACUGAGGAUGACUUCGACCCAGGUGCAAAGUUCCACAUCCCUGCCAAUGUGCCAUAUGUGAGGUACUUCGUUAGCUUCGUCAUCCAGUUUCAGUUCCACAAGGCUCUGUGUGAUGCUGCCAAGCAUGUGGGUCCUCUUCAUACCUGCGAUAUCUACAAGUCUAAAGAAGCUGGGAAGCUAAUGGGGGAUGUGAUGAAGCUGGGCUUCAGCAAGCCGUGGCCCGAGGCUAUGACCAUGAUCACCGGACAGCCCAAAAUGAAUGCCCAGCCUCUCAUGGAGUAUUUCGAACCGCUCAUUAAAUGGCUGGAGGAAGAGAACAAGAAGAACAACGAUAUUCGCGGGUGGCCCGAGUACGACUGGAAACCAUCAAGUGAAGUCAAAGCUGAUAAAGUGGACUUCCUGGGUCUGAGUGUGGAAGGCUCCUCUGCCGUAGCGGGCCAGUGGGUCCUGUUGGUCCUCGGUGUGGUGCUCCUGUUGGUCACCAUCCUAUUGGGCUACAAGUACAGGAAGUCAAAAAAGAGGUCUGAAAAGUCCUUAUCCACGAUGGAGCUCAAGCAAAAGGACUAGUCCUCCGUGAUGGUUCACUGUCGCUCGCACAGUACCAACCUCAAUGUGAACACCAUUGUUUUUGUGUGCUGUACAAUACAUCUGAUCAAAUGUGCUUUUCUUUUUGGUCUGCCUCCUUAGUCUUGUAUAUUUAUUGUAUACACUUCGAGUAAAAUUAUUGUUUGCCUAUGCAAAAGAACAUUACAGUUUGGUAAUUUAAUUGGAAUAUUUGAAUGUUUAGGGAGGAAAUGUUUUUAAAUGAAUGUUUGUAAAGUCAUUGAUUGCAUUUUUUGAAUAUUUGAUUUUUUCUUUUGUUGAAUUUGUUGCAUUUCUACAAUAAAUACAUUAAAUAUG